CCGAACAUGAAGCUGCUGCUGACUGUCUGUGUGACCUGGGCUCUGCUCUACCCAGCUGAGUCACUGAACUGCAAUGAGUGUACAAACGAAAUGUGUACCGGCACAACCUCUGUCCAGUGUCCUGCCUCGAUGACAGUGUGCCGAACUGUCACUUCAGCAAAUUGGACCGGUUUAUCUACUACUGUGAUGGUGAAGAAAAGCUGUUCCUCACUGCAGGACUGCUUCACUCCGCUCAACACUAUUGCUGUAUUGUCAGUGAACGCCGGUUUAUUUCGGCACGCCAGCACUCAGAUUUGCUGCGGGACUGACAACUGCAACUCCGAGACGCUGGCCAUUCCCAGUUCUACCAAGAAUGGGAAGGAGUGUCCAAGUUGUGCGAGCCCAGCUGACAGCCUGGAUGGGACCUGCGACGCAACAUUGAACUGUUUGGGAGCUGAAAACAGUUGCUUCAGUAGCAACAUUACAAUAAGCUCCACCAAGGUGACGGUGCUCGGCUGUACAUCCGAAAACCUCUGCAGCGCAGGCAUUGCUAUGACUGAGCUAACUACUGGUUCCAUCAGUAUCAAAUGUGGAGCACCAUGGAGCGUCAGCAUCAGCGCUAUGCUGGUGACCUUUGCCCUUUCAUCGCAUAAAUUCCUUGUUUAAUAAAUACAUGUGCCCACACGCACAUGCAGGAGCAGCCGCUCACUG